CUUUUCCAUUUAAAGGGUGGACAAUAUGUCAUGGGUUCCUACGGCUUUUCUUAUUGGGAUUAUAUAAAGGUGAGGACAAAGCUUGGCUUAGCAUCAUUGUAAGUUAAUCUUUCGUCCUCCUCAAUUAGAUUUAAGUCCGUGAUGUUGAGUUUUCCCACUUCAUUAUCAGCUUUUGUCUUUCGAUUUUGACACUCCUCCAUUAAGAUCUUGCAGUUGAAUUUCAACACAUUCACGCACCACUAAGUGAUUGGCCGCGUGAAAAAUGGGAUUCCUAUAAUUCCUCUUACACCACAUAAGUCAUAUCACAUGGAUAAAAUAUGUAGCAUUACUCAUAAAUGAACAAAAACAAUGGCAUGAAAUUACUUUGAAAAGCUUUUUCUGUUCAAGUUGGGGAAAAAGGAAAGCAAUUUUUAUGUGCACAGGCUGGUUCAUCCACAAAACUUUAUCUAUAUAUUUGAUGGUUGAAAGGGAGAGAGGAGCAGAGAUAGAGAGAAGCAGCCAUGGGGAACAACCUAGGAGUAGGGAAGAAAGCUAAGGUGAUGAAGAUCAAUGGCGAAACCUUCAAGACAAAGACUCCGACGAAAGCAUGUGAAAUAGUGAAGGACUACCCAGAUCAUGUGUUACUGGAAUCAGAGGCCGUCAAGCAAUUUGGGAUAAGAGCUAAGCCGCUAGAGCCACAAGAAGAGCUGAAGCCGCGGAAGAUCUAUUUCCUGGUCGAAUUGCCUAAGCCACCGGAGGGAAAGGUGCCGAGGAGGGCACAGUCCAGCGUGCACAUGAGCGCCAAGGACCGGCUGGAGUGCCUGAUGCUGUCCCGGAGGUCAGUUUCCGACCUGUCGAGAAUGAGACCAGCCGGUCUUCCUCCGGCUGGACCCGGCUCCAGGCCUGUACAGCAGGUGAAGGUAAGGCUGCCAAAGGCUCAAUUGGCCAAGCUUGUUGAAGAGAGCAGAGAUGAAGCAGAGGUGGCUGAGAAGAUCAUUGAUCUUUAUAUGGACAAAGCAAAUAAGGCAGUGGCCACCUGAUAUUGGCAGCAAUAUUAGGGAAAGCUCCAAAACUUGUGAGUUGUGAUUUUCUUUUCAUUAGCAGAGGUAAUCAUGUAAUUAUAGUAGAAAAUGCUUAGAAAUGUACAGAAUUGGGUACCAAACAUGAGCAAACCCAUCGAUGGUGAAGUCAGUCAACUACCUUAUUUCGAGGGUUGUUUACCCAAUCAUCCGAGUCAUAAUUGGUUAUUUAUAGCAAAAGGAAAAGAAGAAAAAAUUAGCCCCGACCGAAGUUGCCAAUUAAGCAGCUCCACCCUUUGGAAUUAACCGCUCACUCACCGGCCGGAAACGGUAACUAUUUUGUCUGAUCAUCGCGAGGCGAAGUGGGAAGAAGAUUCCCAUCAGAAUCAUACAAAAUUUUCCCGGAAAAGUCCAAGGGGCGGCACUUUUCUCCCAUGAUGAUCGUCCUCCUCCACAGGGCUUCAUCAUCUUCUUCUUCCUCCUGCGCCUCCUCGUCCUGCGCCUUCCUCCAAGAAAUCAGCUUCACCAUUGAAAGAGCUCUGCUGCUUAUAUCGCUGCGAAGCCUCGAGAGCGGCCGCUUGUCGCCCAGGUGCACUGUUCUCUGCUCGUUGCGGAAGCUGUGAGAGCCACAUAGGAAUGUCACAAUUGAGAAUACGGAGAGAACCCCUGCUAUUACAACACAGAGCGAUGCUAGCGGCGAGCAAAAGAAUGGAAGAUUUUGCAUGGGAAAGCUUGGUAGAGGCCUCGCCAUUGCAGCAAAAUUAAACAGAAUGAAGCUCUAUGAGAGAGAGAGAGA